GGAUGUUACUGAUACCGAAUAAAGGUUGGGUCAAGAACAGUGGGGACAUAACAUUGUGUCCGUAGGUUCCUUCACUCAGUGCAAACAUUUCACCACACACUUUUUUCAAACCCAAUCAUCGCUGUUAACUUGGACAAUAUUUCAAAGAAGAUAAACAUGUGAUUCUCUUUCAGUUCCUUGCCUUCUAUGGGGUUGAACUUGGAGCACAACCAUAACCAUAACAAUUUCAUCAUUUCAUGCACAGUGGUAGAAGUUAUUAUCCUCUGCUCAGCUCACCCUAUAUAAAUCCCCUAAUUACGGCACUUAAAAACCCACCAAAAUUUUCCUUACGCAUUCUCAUUGGGUUCAGUGAGAGUUCUUUCUUUUGUUUGCAACUCAUUAAAGUUAAUGCCUUUCAAGUCCAUUCACACUGUUGUCAGUUUUCAUAGAGAGAUCUAGACACUUUAACCAUUUGGGGUGUGAAGAACAAUCAAACUAACUUGUGGGGUGUGUGUGAGGUUCAUCAAUCUUCAUCAAGAGUCACUGAAUUGGUGACCCUUUGAUCAAAGGGCCAAAAGGGUACCCGGGAACCUCCCCAAUCGGUUGAAUUUCGCCCCUCCAAAUAAUGGUGUUUGGAAAUAGCCUGUUUUAUCCCAUUCUGGGUUUUGCAUCUUUUGUGGUUUUCAUUUACAUGUCUUUUGGGGGCAUAAAGUUCAGUUUUUUGGAGGAAGGGCCAGAAUUGAGCUUUGUGGAGAGAAAUGGAACACAGUUUGUGUUGGAUGGAAAAGCGUUUUAUGUGAAUGGGUGGAACUCUUACUGGCUAAUGGUUCAGUCGGUGGAUGUUUAUUCGAGAUCCAAGGUUCGAGAAAUGAUGAAAACCGGUGCUAAGAUGGGUCUCACCGUGUGUCGAACUUGGGCUUUCAAUGAUGGAGACUACAAUGCCCUUCAAACUUCCCCUGGUCGUUUUGACGAACAAUCUUUCCAGGCCUUGGAUUAUGUCAUAGCAGAAGCAAGGCAACAUGGAAUUAGGCUCCUUCUUAGCUUAGUGAAUAAUUUGCAAGCAUAUGGUGGGAAGAGUCAGUAUGUCAAAUGGGCAUGGCAAGAAGGGGUAGGGUUAAGUUCGUCCAACGAUUCUUUCUUCUUUGAUCCAUCUAUCCGUACUUAUUUCAAGAAUUACAUCAAGACUGUCUUGACCAGGAAAAAUACUAUCACCGGAAUUGAAUAUAGAAAUGACCCCAGCAUUUUUGGUUGGGAAUUGAUUAAUGAGCCUCGUUGCAUGUCUGAUCCUUCAGGUGACACUCUACAAGGAUGGAUAGACGAAAUGUCAACUUUUGUCAAAAUGAUUGACAAGAACCAUCUGUUGACUGUGGGUCUCGAAGGUUUUUAUGGUCCAAACGAUCCAAAAAGUUCAACUGUCAACCCUGAGCUUUGGGCAUCCAGACUUGGGUCUGAUUUUAUUCGGAACUCCAAAAUAUCACACAUUGAUUUCGCCUCUGUUCACAUCUAUCCUGACCAUUGGUUUCAUGAGCAAGUAUUCGAAGAUCAACUGAAAUUUGUCUACAAGUGGAUGCUUUCCCACAUUGAAGAUGGUGACGAAGUAUUGAAGAAGCCCGUCUUAUUUUCUGAAUUUGGACUAUCAAAAACGAACCAGAACUUUUCCUUGUCCGACCGGGAAAAAAUGCAUAGAGCUGUUCUAGACAUAAUAUAUAAAUCUGCUAAAAGAAACAGGUCUGGAGCAGGUGCUCUGGUUUGGCAAUUCCUAGUUGGGGGAAUGAAGGAGUUUUCUGAUGAAUAUGGGAUGGUCCCAUGGGAAAGUUCGUCAACUCCCCAUGUAUUUAUUGAACAGUCUUGCAGAUUGGCCAAUGCAAAGGGAUGGACUCAACUGGAUGUAAGUUUCAAAGAACAUUGUUAACAGAAACAGUGAAAAACAAAGUUUACAAAAUGGAAUAGAAAUCGUGAUAAGAUACUAUCAUUUCCUGGGGUCACAUGGCGGGUUUUGUACAAUAUCCUUCUGGUUUCAACUUUUCAUCACCAAAUAUUGGAGUGGAGUGAUUAGUUGAGUACAUGUGAUAACUUGAAUUACAUUACAGAUUCUUAUAAACAAAGUUCAAUUCAAAUUGUGUCAUACUGAUAAACAAAAUCUACAAGGAAGACCCAUGUAGAUAUGAAUGUAAUUAUUAAGUUAAAUUAUAUAUAAAAAAAAAUCCAAUUUA